GCCGAGCGGAGCCGAAUGGGCACGAAGCUGGGGGGGAGGGAGCCGAGCGCCCCCAUUCAUCCCCACGCGGCGCCGCGCACCAAUGAGCGCAGAGGGGCGGGGCCAGCGCCGGGGCGGCGGCGGAGCCACCGGGGCGGCGGUGACAGCGGUGGCAGGCGUGGAACGGCGCAUGCGCCCGCGCCGCGUGGCGGCGGUGCCGAAUCGUCUCCCGCCAUCACGGUGCUGGGCAGGCUCCUGGCCGCCAUGGGCCGCAAGGCCCGUGACCGGCGGCGGCCGCCGCAGCGGCAGGAGCGGGGCGGCGGGGACCAGGCGGGCUGGUCCGGCGGCUACCCCGAGAUCGUGAAGGAGAACGAGCUGUUCGAGCGGUACUACCGGGAGCAGGCCGUCGUGCCCGCGGCCGAGUGGGACGCCUUCAUGGCGGCGCUGCGCGAGCCGCUGCCCGCCACGCUGCGCAUCACCGGCUACAAGAGCCACGCCAGGGAGAUCCGGCACUGCCUCAAGGACAGGUUCUUCGCCGAGCUGCGCGGCCUCCGCGUCGACGGGCAGGAGGUGGAGAUGCCGCAGCCGCUGAGCUGGUACCCAGAGGAGUUAGCCUGGCACACCAACCUGAGCAGAAAAAUCCUACGCAAGUCGCCACAGCUGGAGAAGUUCCAUCAGUUCCUGGUCAGCGAGACCGAGUGUGGAAAUAUCAGUCGUCAGGAGGCUGUUAGUAUGAUCCCACCUCUGCUGCUUAAUGUUAAUCCUCAUCAUAAGAUUCUAGAUAUGUGUGCUGCACCAGGAUCUAAGACUGCACAGCUCAUUGAAAUGUUGCAUGCAGACAUGAACGAUCCUUUUCCCAAGGGUUUUGUAAUUGCUAACGAUGUUGACAACAAGCGGUGCUAUUUGCUGGUUCAUCAGGCUAAAAGAUUAAACAGUCCAUGCAUCAUGGUGGUAAAUCACGAUGCCUCCAGUAUUCCUAAUCUACAAAUAGACGUUGAUGGAAAAAAAGAGGUCCUCUUCUAUGACAGGAUUUUAUGUGAUGUCCCCUGCAGUGGAGAUGGAACCAUGAGGAAAAACAUUGAUGUAUGGAAGAAGUGGACAACACAGAACAGUUUGCAGCUCCAUGGAUUGCAGUUAAGAAUUGCGACCCGUGGUGUUGAACAGCUGGCAGAAGGUGGGAGAAUGGUAUACUCUACAUGUUCAUUGAAUCCUAUCGAAAAUGAAGCUGUAAUCGCAGCUCUGCUGGAAAAGAGUCAAGGUGCCUUAGAACUUGCUGAUGUCUCUUCUGAGUUGCCAGGUCUGAAGAGGAUGCCAGGAAUUACAAAAUGGAAGGUCAUGCUGAAAGAUGGACAAUGGUUUGAAGAGUGGAAAGAUGUGCCUUUAAAUAGACAAACACAAAUACGUCCCACUAUGUUUCCAGUAAAGGAUGAAGAGAAGCUAAAGGCAAUGAAUCUAGAGCGUUGUCUUAGGAUAUUGCCGCAUCACCAGAACACGGGAGGCUUUUUUGUGGCUGUUUUAAUAAAAAAAUCUCCAAUGCCAUGGAACAAACGCCAGCCUAAGGUUCAUCAGAAAUUACCACAAAGAACAGGAGAUGCUGAAGUAACAACAACGAAUGCAGAUGAUGGUUCUGAAGAUACUGCUGAGGAACCAACACUUGCUGAAAAUGAAGAGUCUAAGAAAAUGCAGGAAUCUCAGAAUUCAGACACUGAGCAAAGCAAAAAAGGAGGAGUAUGUGGACCACCGCCGUCUAAAAAAAUGAAGAUGUUUGGUUUUAAAGAAGAUCCUUUUGUGUUUCUCCCUGAAGAUGAUCCGUUGUUCGAACCUAUCCAGAAGUUUUAUGCAUUGGACCCUUCGUUUCCCAAGAUGAAUUUACUAACUCGAACUCAAGAAGGAAAGAAGAGACAGCUGUACAUGGUUUCUAAGGAGCUAAGGAACGUGCUUUUGAACAACAGUGAAAAGAUGAAGGUUAUUAACACAGGGAUAAAAGUAUGGUCUCGCAACAGUGAUGGUGAGCAGUUUGGAUGUGCCUUCAGAUUAGCACAAGAGGGAAUAUAUACUCUAUACCCAUUCAUUCAUGCAAGGAUUAUAAAUGUCUGCAUAGAAGAUGUUAAAAUCCUGCUAACCCAGGAAAAUCCAUUCUUAAGUAAAUUUAGCAGUGAAACACAGAAGAAAGUCAAAGACAUGGCGAUGGGAAGUAUAGUUCUGAAGUAUGACCCAGACCCCGAAAAACCUGAUGAGCUUCAGUGUCCUAUAGUGCUAUGUGGUUGGCAAGGAAAGACAUCACUCCGUGCCUUUGUGCCCAAGAAUGAGAGACUUCAUUACCUGAGGAUGAUGGGAGUUGAAGUGUUUAAAGCAAAGAGGAAAGAGGAGGAAUCAGAAGGUAAAACGGAGGAAGAAGGUCAAUACAGAGCAGCGCAAACGGAGGAAGGAAUGGAUGUGGAAGAUAAAGAACGUGAUUCAUUCACAAAAAUGGAAGCAGAAAUAGGUGAAGAAUCUUCUCACAGUCCUGUGGAAAGCAGUGCUAUGGAAGUAGAAAAUAAAAUUGAGGAUUUGGGUCAGUUUAGUAAAAAUAACAACAAUCAUGUAAGCAAGGAAAGUAAAGACAGUGAUACAAAUGAUGUGAAAGAUUAAAUUUCUUUCUCUGUUACUUAGCUGCUUCCAUGAGAACUCACAUUCAGUCUUUUGCUUUUAAUAUAGAAGAAUAUUUUAAAGUUUCAGUUGGGAUGUGAUGUUUCUUUUUUUAAAGUUUAACCUAUUUUAUUUUUUAAAUCAAAACUAUAAAGAGAUUUCUCCUCAAGCAUGUCUUAUUUGUACCAUUUUUAAGCUCAGUUUCACUGGUGGGUUGAGUGUCUGUUGCUGGCAAUGGACCAUGCACCAAUAAAAUCUAAAGCCUGUC